AUGCCCGCCGCGGAUGCAGAACCGGGCAUUAGCAGAGGCACAUCGGUCACAGCCCCGGCCUUACCGAGCCCACCCCCCGCUGAACGCGCAGUGAGUGUGCUGUGGUCGUUUGGAAAAUGCCUGGGUGCCAUUCUACCGGUGUACCUAGCCGGAUAUUAUGGCUUCAGCAUCAGUCUAGUCCUGUUCGGGCUGAUGAUCUACAUGGGAUGGAAACACAGUCGACUGGAGAAAGUGAUGAGGCUGAAGUCUGCGAUGUACCUUCUGGAGAACGAGAGGAAAUUCACCACUGAAAACGUUUUCAGGGCCAAAAGGGAUUUGCCUCCCUGGGUCAACUUUCCAGAUGUGGAAAAAGUGGAAUGGCUGAAUAAGAUCCUGCAACAGGCUUGGCCCUUUGUAGGCCAGUAUCUGGAGAAGUUGCUGGUGGAAACCAUUGCUCCUGCCAUCCGUGCCUCCAGCAUUCACUUGCAGACUCUCAGCUUCACCAAGGUCAACAUAGGGGACAAGGCUCUAAAGCUGGUUGGUGUAAAGGCUCACACAGAACACGAUAAGAGACAAGUUAUGUUGGAUUUGUACCUGAGCUAUGCCGGUGAUGUUGAGAUCAACGUAGAAAUCAAAAAGUACUUUUGCAAAGCUGGAGUGAAAGGAGUUCAGCUCCAUGGGAAGCUGCGUGUGAUCCUUGAGCCUCUGAUCGGAGAUAUGCCACUGGUUGGAGCCAUCACAAUGUUCUUCAUCCGCAGACCUAAACUGGACAUCAACUGGACUGGACUGACCAACCUGUUAGAUAUCCCUGGACUAAAUGCCAUGUCGGACACUAUGAUAAUGGAUGCAAUAGCCUCCCACCUGGUGCUCCCCAACCGUCUCACUGUUCCCCUGGUGGCCGACCUGCACAUUGCACAGCUCCGCUCCCCUCUCCCAAGGGGAGUUGUGCGCAUCCACCUGCUGGAGGCUGAGGACUUGACUGCCAAGGAUACGGUCAUCAAGGGCCUAAUCGAUGGGAAGUCGGACCCAUAUGCCGUUUUGCGUGUGGGAACCCAGAUCUUCACCUCUCAUCACGUGGACAGCAACCUGAACCCACAGUGGAGGGAGAUGUACGAGGUGAUUGUCCAUGAAGUACCUGGUCAGGAGUUGGAAGUGGAAGUUUUUGACAAAGACCCAGACCAGGAUGACUUCCUGGGGAGAGUCAAGGUGGAUCUUGAUAUUGUAAAGAAGGCCAGAAUUGUGGAUGAUUGGUUUAAUCUGAAGGACGUCCCAUCCGGCAGCGUCCACCUCCGGUUGGAGUGGCUCUCUCUGCUGUCCUCUGCUGACAGACUGAGUGAUGUGAUCCAGAAGAACCAGGACUUGACCAGUAAGACGGCUGAUCCUCCAUCUGCGGCCAUCCUUGCUAUCUAUCUUGAUCAAGCUCACGAACUGCCUAUGAGAAAAGGCAAUAAGGACCCAAGCCCAAUGGUGCAGAUUUCCAUUCAGGAUGCAACUAAAGAGAGCAAGACUUGCUACGGGACCAACAGCCCUGUGUGGGAGGAUGCCUUUACCUUCUUUAUUCAGGAUCCUCGCAAACAAGACAUCGACAUUCAAGUGAAAGAUGAUGACCGUGCUCUGUCCCUGGGCAGCCUAACCAUCCCCCUGGCCCGUCUUCUGGCGACCUCUGAACUCACCUUGGACCAGUGGUUCCAGCUGGAGAAUUCUGGUUCUGCCAGCCGCAUCUAUGUCAAAAUUGUGCUUAGGGUUCUGUGGCUAAGCGAUGAUGCCACUCCUACAACUCCGUCUCCUCGGCCUUCAGUUCCUGGCUCCGGGAUGGGUCAGGGGGGAAACACAUCAGAGCUGAACCCUGUAGGACCCGGUGGUUUGGGUAAACCUCAACCAGCACGACCACAGCACACUACGCCCGACCUAGAGUUUGCAACGGAGGGAGUGCUGCGUAUCAAUCUGGUCGAGGCCCAAAACCUGAUAGCGAAGGACAACUUCAUGGGGGGCAUGGUGAAGGGGAAGAGCGACCCCUAUGUCAAGAUCCGUGUGGCUGGUAUCACUUACCGUAGCCACACCAUCAAAGAAAACCUCAACCCCAUCUGGAAUGAACUCUAUGAGGUGAUUUUGACGCAGCUUCCUGGUCAGGAGAUCCAGUUUGAGUUGUUUGACAAGGACCUUGAUCAGGAUGACUUCCUUGGGAGGUUCAAGCUUAGCCUACGAGAUAUCAUCAGUGCACAAUUCAUUGAUACGUGGUACACUCUAAAUGAUGUGAAGUCAGGCCGAGUUCACCUGGUGCUGGAGUGGCUGCCCAGAGUCUCCGACCUGGCCAGACUGGAGUCUAUCCUGCAGUACCAAUCUCAGCAGUCGUACCAGAACAAGGUUGUGCCAUCAGUGGCUGUGCUGUUUGUGUAUGUGGAGCGUGCCCAUUAUCUGCCGUUGAAAAAGAGUGGAAAGGAGCCAAAAGUCGGGGCUGAAAUUAUCCUCAAAAACGUUAUACACAAAACCAAGAUUUGUGAGCGUUCCACUUCCCCUCAAUGGGACGAAGCCUUUCACUUUUUUGUUCGCGACCCCAGAGAGGAAGCACUCACAGUGAAGCUCUCCCACAGCUGGGGCCAGGCCCUCGGGUCCUUGACACUUCCUCUCAGAGAGGUGCUGUUUGAGCCAGGCUUAGUGCUGGACCGCUGGGUUAAUCUGGAUGGAGCACUUCCAGAAAGCCAGAUACUACUGAGGGUCAUGCUCAAGAUCUUGGACACUCAGCUGGCGGUGUGUCGUAAGGGGGAUGCAGGUAGUGACGCUGGUGGAGAAGAAGUCCUUCCCAGAUGGGUUCCUUCCCAUCUAGACCUCAGACAGAGAAGUGCAUUCUCCAUAGCUAGCGAUAACACAAACACAGCAGGGCAGGUGAAGCUUACUGUUGGCUACUCCGCAGAGGAGAACAGGCUCUUCAUCACUGUACACUCCUGCAGAGCCCUGGCUGCCUGCUCCAAGGACGGUGCCGACCCAUAUGUUUCCUUUAUCCUGCUGCCUGACAAGAAGGCCACCACCAAGAGGAGAACUGCCACCAAGAAGAGAGACCUCAACCCAGAAUUCAACGAGAGGUUUGACUUUGAUUUCUCUCUGGAGGAGUCCAUUCAGAGAAGACUGGACCUGUCUGUGAAGAACAGCGUAUCCUUCAUGAGCAGAGAGAGGGAGCUUAUUGGCAAGUUGCAGCUGGACCUGGACCAAAUUGACCUCAAGGCUGGUGUCACUCAAUGGUACGAUUUGGUAGCAGAGACCAACUAGAAGAAUCUUCAAGUACUAUUUAACUUUAAAUGUUGCUUCUGUGAGCUGUGAUUUGUGUGUUUUGUAUAUUCAGCUUCAAUGAAAAUUUCCACCAUCACUGAAGAAAAAAAAUCAUAUCUGCUGCACAAAAACAGUCCAUCAGUAUUUAUGAGAAGAAACUUUACAUGUAGCUUAUCAUCCGUAAAGUGUUAACUGUGCUGAAUCCACGCUGUCUUGGACAGAUUCUUCAGUAGAAUAUUUUGGCUGAAUAGAUAUUUGAUAAUAAUGCAACUAUGUUGCAAAACCUACCAAGUUUAUAUGUGUUCAAAAGCAGUCCUCUUUGAAUUUUGUUUACAAAAGGGCUUUUGCUGUGGUUAUUAUCCUAAGGUAUGACAAUGUUUUAUUACAGCAUCCAACACAGAGAUUCCUUUAAAUUUAAUUUUUUACAAUCUUCAAAUAAUUUCUAUUACUUUGUUUAUAUACGUUUAUAUUAUUGCCUUAAGUAUUACAAGCUGUGCACAAUUUGUCAGCGUUUAUGAAUUAUGUUCCAAAUGAAGUUUUAUAUGUUUUAACCAGAACUCUCUUAAAGUUGCUUUUAUAAAUCAAAGUAUUACAAACCUAGACCCUCAUAUUUACCACUGAAAACAGAGGUAUAAUACUGUAAGCAGAGUCUAAAUCACUGUGCUUUUGAAGAGAAAACUUUGUACAUAUUGAAAACACAUCGCUGGUGUUCUUCUUACACCCAUGCUUCCUUGUGUUUGUAUGUGUUCGUAGCACUAAGUGCAACAGGCUGAAGCUGUCGACCAUGUUUAUACUUUAUUUUUCAAGCAAAACAGUUACGACCUUAUGAGAAGCAAGCAAAUAUUGUACGCCAGCAGUGGGACAACUUCCCAUGUACCACCACUGUCACCACAAAAGUUUGGACACCGAUUUGUGGUAAUGGAAAGAAAAUAGUGUUUUAAGUGUCAGAACUGAAGAAGAAAACUGCUGAACUUUGACAUUAUUUGAAACACAUCAUCAUGUAUCUGCUGAAGUUGUUCAUUAAAGUUUGCACU